AUGGCCCUUCCAGCCUGGCAUUGGCUCGCAUUAUUCCCCCCAUCGCAUUCAAUCAAUAUCAUGGUCCGACCACCCAACUUCCUUACCCAACAUUCCCAAGUUGCUUCAACCACCACCGGAGACCUCCCAAAAUUCAGAGAAGCUCCGGCAUUCCGAAACGGCAAGGAAUGUCUCAAACCCACAUGGCCAACCCAACCAAACGACCCAUCUACAAUACACAUAGCUAUGACCCUCGACACCACCUACCUCCGCGGCUCCGUCGCCGGCGUAUUCUCCGUCCUUCAACACGCCACCUGCCCUGAAAACACCGUCUUCCACUUCCUCGCCGCCCAUCGCCGCCGUGACCUCCACCACACCAUCCUCACCACCUUUCCUUACCUCAAUUUCCACCUCUACCACUUCGAUACCAACCUCGUCAAAGGCAAGAUCUCCUCAUCCAUCCGCCGAGCCCUUGACCAACCCCUCAACUACGCUCGCAUCUACCUCGCCGACCUCUUACCCUCCACCGUCAAUCGAAUCAUCUACUUCGACUCCGACCUCAUCGUCGUCGACGACAUUGCCAAACUCUGGACCAUCAACCUCAACAACCACGUCCUCGGAGCUCCAGAGUACUGUCACGCAAAUUUCACCCACUAUUUCACUUCAAAAUUCUGGUCAAUCCCUCAAUUUUCCCGAACCUUUAAAGGUCGAAAGCCAUGUUAUUUCAACACGGGUGUGAUGGUAAUAGAUUUGCUAAAAUGGAGAAGCCAUGGAUACACACAGAAGCUCGAACAAUGGAUGAGGAUUCAGAAGAGUAAUAGAAUAUAUGAACUGGGUUCUUUGCCACCAUUCUUGCUAGUUUUUGCUGGGAAUGUUGAAGGGGUUGAGCAUAGGUGGAACCAACAUGGGCUUGGUGGUGAUAAUCUUGAAGGUUUGUGUAGAGAUCUACACCCUGGUCCGGUAAGCUUGUUGCAUUGGAGUGGGAAGGGCAAGCCAUGGCUGAGACUUGACUCCAAGAGACCGUGUCCGUUGGAUAGUCUUUGGACACCGUACGAUCUAUUCCGGCAUGCACCGUUGUUCUCCGACGAUUGA